GUGUGCAGCGCCGUCUUUCCUCCGCCAGUGAGAAAACUGGAGCUACAGUCCAGUGUGCGUUUAUACCUGAGACACACGUCAGGGUCACCUUUGCUCUGACUCUGUUCGAGGGAUAUUUUAUUGAUACGUCGGAGUGAUUUGUGUUCGUGUACGUGUGUUUGUUUCAGUCGCGUAUUUGUAUCUGAGCUUCACAUGACAGUGACAGGCAGGGGUGGAGGUGGUGUUGUUGCUGGUGGCGGUAGCUGCUCGGCGAUAAGAGAUAAAUGGGCGAAGACGCAUGUUGGCCUCAGAUAAUGGGAAAAUAACGGUCUAAAUUCGACAAUGACGCGACAAUAAACUGGACAAGUGGACGUCUCAGGAGACCGAUGAACUAAAAUGGAUUUGCCCAGGAACAGCAGCUAUCGCCGGAUCGCACUGAUUCCAAACUCCCUUUAAUUGUGUUGUUGCUCUAUUUAACUCGCCACUGGCUGAAAACGAACGAUGUGGCUUUCAAUUCGCACGUCAGGCUGCUCACACGGCGUGUGUUUAACCAGACUUAGGCUCACACAACACCGGAGGCUUUCACUGGACCGCCGCCUGGCCAACUCCUCUGCCCACCGAAGGACGACGCAGUGGAGCGGCGUCAGUUCGUCACUCCUCCCGGCGUCCAGGCCGUUCACGUCGCUCCAGCCCUACGGCUCACUGUACUUACACUCCCCCACGUCCACUCACACACCUGUUGCCUUUGCCAGUUCUUCCUCCGCACAGCCAGCAGAAACACCAGAGAAGAGCCAGGCGCCAAACUCUGUUCCUGUGCAGGACGUCAGAAGGAUUUUGGGACUUGCUCGGCCAGAAAGAUGGAGACUGUCGGCUGCUAUAGGCUUCCUGACUGUCUCCAGUGCAGUCACAAUGUCGGCACCAUUUUUCCUGGGUAAAGUGAUUGACACCAUAUUCACCACUGGAACAGACACAGAAGCGAUGACAGCGUCCCUGACAUCACUGUGCAUCAUGCUGACUGGAGUGUUUCUGUGUGGAGCAGCAGCCAAUGCUGCCAGAGUCUACCUUAUGCAGAUCUCUGGUCAGCGGAUUGUUCGUAAUCUCCGUGCCUCUGUCUUCUCCACCAUCCUCAGACAGGAAGUGGCAUUUUUUGAUCGCAACAGGACCGGUGAGCUUAUCAACCGCCUCUCUGCAGACACAGCCAUCGUAGGCCGCUCAAUUACAGACAACCUCUCAGAUGGCCUGAGAGCUGUGGCCCAGGCAGCUGCUGGUGUCAGUAUGAUGUUCUAUGUCUCCCCCAGUCUUGCGAGCUUUGUGUUGAUGAUUGUUCCUCCCAUGUCCAUUCUCGCUGUUAUCUAUGGACGAUAUCUACGUUCCAUCGCCAAACACACCCAGGAUGCGCUCGCACAAGCCACACAGUUGGCCGAGGAGCGCAUCAGCAACAUGCGGACAGUCAGGGCUUUUGGGAAAGAGCUAUCCGAGGUCAACACGUACACACAGAAGACAGAUCACGUCCUCAGCCUGGCCAGGAAGGAAGCUUUUUUACGAGCCGGUUUCUUUGGAGUGACUGGUCUGAGUGGUAACUUCAUGAUCCUGUCAGUGCUCUUUAAAGGAGGUCUCCUAAUGGCCAACCAUCACAUGACAGUGGGAGAGCUAUCAUCGUUCGUCAUGUACACCUUGUGGGUGGGCAUCAGUAUCGCAGGUUUCAGCUCAUUCUACUCUGAGCUGAUGAAGGGUUUCGGAGCAGGAUCUCGACUGUGGGAGCUGUUGGACAGAAAGCCUGAGUUCCCACUUGACGAAGGUCUAGUGCUCCCUCCAGACCAGCUGAAGGGCCAGCUCGAGUUCUGCGAUGUCUCCUUUGCUUAUCCAACCCGUAAGGAGGCUCCUAUUUUCCAGAACCUCAAUCUGCUGGUCCCGGCUGGUACCGUCAUGGCUGUGGUGGGAUCCAGUGGGUCCGGAAAAUCAACUCUGGUCUCGUUGCUGCUCAGACUGUAUGAUACAGAUUCUGGUGUCAUCAUUAUAGACGGUCAUGACAUCAGAGAUCUAAAUCCAUAUUGGCUCAGGAGUCACAUUGGAACUGUCAGCCAGGAGCCAGUGCUGUUUUCUUUUUCUAUCAGGGAUAAUAUUACUUAUGGUGCAGUGGACCCCGACGCUGUGACCACAGAAGACAUCUACAGAGCAGCCAGAGUGGCAAAUGCCUAUGACUUCAUCCAAGAUUUUCCAAAGGGCUUUGACACUGUGGUGGGGGAGAAAGGAGUGCUGCUGUCAGGUGGUCAGAAGCAGAGGAUUGCCAUUGCCAGAGCUCUACUCAAGAAUCCAAAGAUCCUGCUUUUGGAUGAGGCAACCAGUGCUCUGGAUUCUGAGAACGAGUUCCUGGUCCAGGAGGCGUUGGAGCGGCUGAUGGAAGGGAGGACAGUGUUGAUCAUUGCUCACCGCCUGUCCACCAUCAAGAACGCCAACUCUGUGGCUGUGCUGGACCAGCGCCGCGUAGCCGAGUGUGGCCAGCACAUGGAGCUGCUCGGCAACCGGGAAGGGUUGUUCCGAAAGCUGAUGGAGAAGCAGGCGUUUCUACAGGAAGAGCAGAAACGCGCGCUGCGCUGAGAGGACAGCAAGGACAGAGACGAGAGGAAUACGAGGAGGAAGACAUCUGGAGGCGAGGUCAGUGGCUUCGCUCCAGAAAGAGUUGAAAUUCUCCAAAUGAGGAGAAAGAGGGAGGAGGAACAUGAGAAUUAUAUAUUCUUCUUGCAAUGUGGAGAGACGGAUGAACACUGAAGGAAGAAGCAUAGGACUAAACAUGAGAGAUGACUUAGCCGCUGAGACAUUUUAGUGGUUUCUUCAUCAAUACCUCAAGUGUCCCUUCACUACUGGAGAGACUGUUUGGAGAGGAAGCACAGGGUAAGAACUGGAAUAUGGACCAGUGAUAUAAUAGAGAGUGUAUUUUGAAAAUAUGUCAUUUUUUACACUGAAAGCAGACCAGAGUGAAAAUGAAGCAUCAAGAACAGACUUCAUUAAAGCUAGGGUCUCUAA